UCUUCGCAGGACUAGGGUUUCGGCGAGGAGAAGAGAGUUCCCAAUUCCGAAAAGAUCAUCAAUGGCGCCGAAGACAGCCAAAGUCAGCAGGAACCCCGAUCUCAUUCGUGGGGUUGGCAAAUAUUCGAGGUCAAAGAUGUACCAUAAGCGAGGUCUGUGGGCAAUCAAGGCCAAGAACGGAGGUGCCUUCCCUCAACACGAUCUCAAGCCUAAGGCCGACGCUCCGGCAGAGAAGCCGCCCAAGUUUUACCCUGCCGACGACGUUAAGAAACCGCUUGUUAACAAGCGCAAGCCUAAGCCCACCAAGCUCAGGUCUAGCAUUUCUCCUGGAACCGUGCUAAUCGUACUCACUGGAAGGUUUAAGGGGAAGAGAGUUGUGUUCUUGAAGCAGCUUCCAUCUGGGUUGCUUUUAGUCACAGGACCAUUCAAGGUCAAUGGUGUUCCUUUGAGGCGUGUGAAUCAGUCAUACGUGAUUGCAACCUCCACCAAGGUGGACAUUUCAGGAGUCAAUGUGGAGAAGUUUGAUGACAAAUAUUUCUCCAAGGAAGUUCAGAAGAAGAAAAAGAAGGGAGAAGGAGAAUUUUUUGAGGCAGAGAAGGAGGAAAAGAGUGCACUCCCACAGGAGAAAAAAGAUGAUCAGAAGGCUGUGGACACAGCUCUGCUAAAGUCAAUUGAAGCGGUUUCAGACUUAAAGACCUACUUAGCUGCCAGGUUUUCUCUAAAGGCAGGCAUGAAACCGCACGAGCUUGUUUUCUAGAUAUUUGCCAUUUUGUGCUGAUACUUUUCUUGUGGAAUUGGUCACUACAAUUUUCUAGUUUAUGUUUUGUUAUGGGAAUUCUAGUUUUGAAAUUAUGCUUCUCAAUGAAUUUUGCAGUGAACUCUUUAUUCAUCAAAUUCUGUCAUGUAACUUCCUUUGACUACUGAUGGUGAUACGAUAAUGUAAUUUUUAUUCUACUCCUA